AUGCCGCGGGGCACCCGGAAUGCCGCGGUUUGCCGGGAACGCCGCCACGCGGGCACCCAUCCCGGCUCCAGCCUCUGCUCUCCCCCUCGGCAGGUCGACGUCGCCCACUUGUCCCCCGAGGAGCGAUGGAGGGUGGAGCACGCGCGGAUGCACGCCAAGCACCGCGGGCACGAGGCCAUGCACGCCGAGAUGGUGCUCAUCCUCAUCGCCACGCUCGUCGUUGCCCAGCUGCUCCUGGUGCAGUGGAAGCAGCGGCACCCGCGCUCCUACAACAUGGUGACGCUCUUCCAGAUGUGGGUGGUGCCGCUCUACUUCACGGUGAAGCUCAACUGGUGGCGCUUCCUGCUCAUCUGGCUGCUCUUCUCGGCCGUCACGGCCUUCGUCACCUUCCGCGCCACCCGCAAGCCCCUCGUGCAGACCACGCCCAGGCUGGUCUAUAAGUGGUUCCUGCUCAUCUACAAGCUCAGCUACGCCACGGGCAUCGUGGGCUACAUGGCCGUCAUGUUCACGCUCUUCGGCCUCAACCUCCUCUUCAGGAUCAAGCCGGAGGACGCCAUGGACUUCGGCAUCUCGCUGCUCUUCUACGGGCUCUACUACGGGGUGCUGGAGCGGGACUUCGCCGAGAUGUGCGCCGAUUACAUGGCCUCCACCAUCGGGGGAAGCGGCGUCCGAGCGUCGCCUGCGGACGGGAUCCCGCAGCCGGGAUUCGCCCAGGGCUCCCGGGCGGCCUCCAACCUCCUCAGGUCUCUGUCCGGAGCAGUGGCCGAUGCUCCGGAGGGCUCUGACGGGCUGGAGAGCAGGAACCUCCUGAGGUCCCACCAGGACAAGGGCAGGGAUGAGGG